AUCAAAUCGUAAUAAAAUAAUCAUGUUUUUUUUUUUCUUUCUUUCCUUUUUCUAAUUAGUUUAGCGAAUGGCUAUGUGACAAACGCUCUUAAAUGAUGUUGUUUCUUACUAUCAACAACUCCCCUACCCCACUGGUGAGACUGAAGGACUAGUCAUUUGAAAUCAUGCACAGGGGAAUCAUGGCUGCAAUCUGUGUCAGGCAGGUUGUUUGUCAUGGGAUCAAAAUGCUGAAGAGUGGCGGUCCUGGCAUUCCUGGAUUGAGGAUAUGCAACAGGGCCGAAAAGAGUAGCAUCUUUGCCAACCCUUGGAGAUGGUAUCCCUUUUGCACUGAGGCAGUUGACUCCAAUCCAUCUCCUGCAGUAAAGAGAAAAAAGCAGGAUCCCCGGGCUCGUGACACAAUCACCAGCGUUGGCCGGAAAAUCUCGGCGCGUCAGAUCCAAGUUAUCAGUGAGGCAGGAGAAGACAUGGGUGUCCUCCACCGUGCAGAUGUCCUUAGAAUCAUGGAUGAGAAGGGUCUCAAACUGGUGCUUCUCAGUGAACAAAAGGAUCCUCCAGUAUAUCGUUUGAUGAGUGGAAAACAAAUCCACGAAGAACAGAUGAAGAUGGGGGAGAAACAGAAAACUAAAGCAGCUCCUUUGCAGGUCAAAGAGCUUACUUUUUCAUCAGGCAUUGCUCCUCAUGACCUAAAGACCAAAUUCAAGCAGGUGGAGAGGUGGUUGGAGAAGAAGCAUCAUGUCAGGAUUACAUUGCGCUCACCAAGCAGAGAGUCUAUAAAUAAUCUGGAUGAAAACCUAGAGCAAAUAGUCCAACAAAUGGAGGUGAUGGUGGGAUAUGUCUCUAAGCCAAGAGUCAUACGUGAGGGUAAAGCGGCCAUGUGCAUUCUUCGGCCACCUUCAGCAAAGGAACUGUCUAGAAGAGACAAAGAUCAGACUUCACAAUCGCAGUCCACCGGCCGACAGGCUGCCAAGGAUGAAACGUCGCUUCCGGACACAAAAGAGGACCUCUCAACAAUGAUCAACGAGAAAUGAAACAUUUGCAAGUAGACUUUGUAUAAGUCGGUAUACCCAACUGUGCUGUUGCACAUUAGUGUGCCAUGACUGAGAGAUCUUUCGAGAUGUCGCUAAAUACAUGCGUUUGACACCAAGUGACAGGCAAACAAUUCUGACACCUAAUUCUUCCACUAGAUGGCAGAAGGUACAUUGAACCCUCAUGUUCAUUGGGCACCUGUUUCCAUUCUUAAUAAACUACAGAUGAAGAUUGAACGAGGAGUACGAUUUUCUGUUAAUUAAGACAAAAUCAUCAUUCAUACUUUGUGUGACAUAUUUUGUUUGAUGGAGAGUUUUAAAACGUAAAAAUGAGGUGUAAAAUCAAGGUUAGAAAAUAUAUAUCACAAAUUGUUGAUGUUCAUGUUGAAGGUAAUCGGUCGUGGCAAUUUUGUCUUGGUUCUGUAUAGAAACUACCUCACUGUUAACUUUACUAGCAUCAAUAAAAUAAAAAAAAAUGCUGUGAACUAGAGGUGUGACGAAAUAUCGAAAUGGUGAUAUAUCGUGAUACUUUGUAUCCCAAAAGGUUAUCGAUAUGCUCAUGUCAAGAAUCGAGAUAUCGUUUUAGAAUGGUGUCAAUGUUUUUAAAAAAAACAAAACAAAAAAAAACAAAGCAUCAAGUUGCUACCAAAAUCUUCCACCAUAAUAGUGUCUCAGUUAACUCUAAGGCUGCCAUUGACGGUGCUCGACGCCCAAUCCGAUUAGACUGCGAACGUUCGUUCAUUCAAAACGAGCAUUCACAGUCAUUCGGUCCAAUUUUCGGGGCAUUUACAGGUC